AUGGACUCAAGACUACAUACCAGAAGUAGCUCGACCAACAUCAUCCAGUUGAGAGUCGUGGAACAACUCGAUCUUUCGGAUCAAAUCGUACCUGCAACCCAAGUUCUAAAUGGGUUCAACGUGGCAUGUGAUACCACUAAAGGGGAGAUAACAUUACCGGUCAAUGCCGCUGGGACCAUCCAGGAGGCGAAGUUUUAUGUGAUCGAAGGAGACAUGGGAUACAACGCGCUGUUCGGGAGGCCAUGGAUCCACAACAUGAGGGUAGUACCUUUGGCUCUUCACCAAGUGUUAAAAUUCCCAACGCCGGGAGGGAUUAAGACAAUCUACGGAGAACAACCGGCCGCAAAAGAUAUGUUUGCAGUCGAAGAAGUGAUUCCAAUAUUGACACUCGCAACAUCAAAGGAGACAAGCUUGAGUGCAAAGCAAGAGGCCAAGUAG